UACUGUAUUAGUUGUUGUUACCGUUGGCUUACAGGCGAGUCAGAAAAUCAAUUAAGUUAUGAAAAAUACCAUUAAUUGCCUUUCUUUGUCACCGCAGCCCAUGAAAAAAUGGCGGAUCUACAGAUGUCGGGUGUUUGAGGAAAUAUUCUUCUCGUCUAAUGAACAAUUUACCGCAGAUAAAAACCUUUCCCCUCGACUGGAAUAUUUACCGUAUCUAGUGGAUGGUGAAGAUGGUGUAGCUGCUGACGCUCCUGGAAACCUUCCCCUAGAUACAGACUUCCUUCUAGAACAAGACCUUGUGUUUGGUGAUGCAGAUCACGACAGAAUUCUAGGCUUGGAAAAGUUUGCAGAAGUAGCUGCUGAGAUCGGUUUCUCCGUUUGUCCUCUGGGUGAUGAGGAGAGCUCUUCCUACAGCCAGCUCAGUAUGGAAAGUGAAACGGACAACUCGCGCAGCACAGGUGACAACAGGAGGGAAAGCCAGAGCCGAGGGACUCAAUCCGAGCCAACUUUUCCUCCCUACCUGUCCUGUAGGGGCUGCGGACAGCUCCGCGACGAACCUCUCGGCCCGGGCAUGGACCUGGUUGGGCCUUACUGCCUUAGGUGUUGCAAAGCCUCCAGGGAGGCGAAAAGCUCAGACUUCUGCUCUCCUUUCGGGAGCGGCGGCGGGAUUCGCUGUGGUUUGCAGAUUCGUGCGGAUUCCCAGCCUGAUUGUGAGGGCUUGGGGAACGGGGUGGGUGACAAGGAAGAACUGUCCGCUGAGGACAGACUGCUCAAGCAGCACUCGUGCCACCUCUGUGGCUUCUCCUCUCGCUAUGCCAACCACGUGAAGCGUCACAUGAAGACGCACAAUGGGGAGAAGCCCUUCAACUGCCCUCUGUGCACUUACGCCUCAGCCCAGCUGGUGAACCUGCAGAGACACUUGCGCAUCCACACUGGGGAGAAACCCUACAAAUGUGACACGUGCGCUUUUGCCUGCAGUUCCCUCGGAAACCUCAAGAGGCACCAGCGCAUGCAUGUGCCUAAUUUGCCCCAGAUGCAUUCUGCAGUGGUGGGACAGGACGCCCCACCUCAACCUGUGUGUGGCCACAACAGCCUGAAGAGACCUGGGAGUGAGCAAAGACCCAAUGAGGAAGUGUCUGGUGCUUCAGUCUCUGAGGUUGCGAGGCCAACCUCUAAUCUGAGUUUGGGGGCCCAGAACAGUGACUACCUGUCGGUCUUUGACAACUUGAAGGGAGCAUCUCCACCCCCUAUCCCUGCCUCCAACCCAGCUCCUGGCCACCAGCCUCCCUCUCUGCUGGAGAUGACCGCCAGCGGUAGCAGCAGGACUACUCGAGGGGCCGUGGCAGAAGGCCCGUCGCUCCCGACUCCACUUUUCCCUUUUACCUGCCGGCUAUGCGGGGUCGUCUUGGAGGACGAGGACGGCUCUUCGGCCCAGAUUUGUGCCAAGUGUACCCUUGAAAUGCUGACCAAGGACUCCUCAUCGUCUCCGAACAGCCCCGGUGAGCGCAGUGACAAAGUCUACACUUGCGCCGCCUGCCCCUUCCUCACCCACUACCCCAACCACUUGGCGCGCCACAUGAAGACUCACAGCGGCGAGAAGCCGUACAAGUGCCCCCAGUGCGACUACGCCUCAGCGCACUUUGACAACCUCAAACGCCACCACAGGGUGCACACGGGAGAAAAGCCCUACAAGUGCCAUCUGUGCGACUACGCCUGCGGAAACCUGGCCAACCUCAAGCGGCACCAGCGCGUCCACUCGGGCGCCAAGCCCUUCCAGUGCCCCGUGUGCAGCUACAGCUGCAACCAGAGCAUGAACCUGAAGCGGCACAUGCUGCGGCACACCGGCGAGAAGCCGUACAAGUGUCAGGAGUGCGGCUACACCACCGGCCACUGGGACAACUACAAAAGACACCAGAAAAAACAUGGCGUGGCCACUGACGGCUGGGUGAAAGUUCCCAUGAUCGGCACCGACGUAGAGGAGGACAGGAGGAAAGUGAUGGGAGGCGGCAUUCAGACUCACAGAAAAGAAGUUGGAGCUGAUAUGCAGUACAUGCCACGGGAGCCGGGAGCUGGCUGUACACUCAAGCUGCAAACUUAAGGUUGCAUAAAUUCUAACACAGCAAAACUAAGCUACCAGCAACUUGUUUUGAUUGUUUUCACUGAGCCUUUUUAUGGUUUUAACGUGCGUCUAUCUCUCCGUGUCGCGUCAGAUCUCUUCUAUGGCUGCUAAUUGUUCAGUAAGUGGAAUCUGGCAGAGUUAGGAAUUCAUUUUUUAAAUUUUUUUGAUGCCUUUUUGGGUUGAGUGUUUAUUUUCUACAGUUUUUUUUUUCAUGUCAAGAUAAAAAAAAGGGAACUCUGCGGAAGUCCUCUGUCUCACUGUGUAAUCAGAUACUUAUAUUUUACCCUCACGCUACAUGCAUGUUGUCAUUUGAACGAUGACACGACCAAAUAUUGCCAUCCUUGAGGAACUCCUUCCCUUAUCUGCUCGAGCUGCCCUGACAAGUCAUUAUAACAUUUUUAAUGCACAAGUUAGUUGUUUUGGUUCAUUUUAAACACAAAUCAAAUCAAAUUGGUACCGAGUCUGGUUCUUUUCUUCUAAAUUAAAUUUUUACUCUUAAAUGUGACAAUUUUGUACCGACCCAGAACCGGACAAUUCAGCUUUUAAGCAGAUGGGUUUUGGAGACGUCUUUACUGUGCUUUUUGUUUGCUUUAUUUCUGAUUUUACUCAAGUUCAAUCUCCGUUAGUGAUAUGCCUUCAGAUUGCCGUGUGUAAUGCUAUCAAAGUGCUAUUUAAUAGUACAGAAAUUGUGUUUGUCUUUAUGAAUGUGCCAGUAAUUUAAAUGCUGCCCUCACUCAAAUAGUCUACUUUUAUUUACUUCAUAUUUUUUUCUUUUUGCCAAAAUCUUUGUCUGUAAAAGGAAAGAAAUGUGUUGAUUAAGACUUAAUUUAGCACCAUAAAUGCAUGUUGAGCAUGUUGAUGGGCCGUCUUCUGCUUCAUUGGUCUAGGUCAGGGGUGCCCAAAGUCGGUACUCAAAGGCCGGCAUCCUGCAUGCUUUAGUUCUCUCCCUGGUUUAAAGCACCUGGAUCAAAUAAUGGCUCAUUAGAAGGUCUAAGAACACUGACAUGCUGAAAAGGUUGUUGGUGCUACCAGGGAGAGAACUAAAACGUGCAGGAUGCCGGCCCUCGAGGACCGACUUUGGGCACCUCUGGUCUAGAUUGAUUGAUUGAUUGAUAGAUCUACUACAAGCAGUUUUUACACCGUGCUUAUUGAAGCUCAAUAAUUCUGACAUCUAUAAAGCUCCGUGUUCCUCUGAGUAUAACUAGAUUAGCUCUUGACAAAAUAAAGUUAAACUUGCUGUUCUGUUACUUUAGGUGCAUAUUUCAGAUUCCAGCCUUUAGAUUGUUGUAGCAGGGCAUUUCCUCGUAUAGCAAAACGAAUUGCUCAGUGUCGUUUAUAUCGAUUUUUUUCGUUACUGCUGAUCAAAAAGUGCCAACUUGAAACAAAAGCAAUAAAUUAAAGACUUAAAAUGCGUAUAGCUAAUUGUGGAAUUGAUCAGCAUUUGUUCACACAAUACUCAGCGUACGUCUUGCAUUCAAUUCAGACGCUUUCCGUUUUUGCUUUAAAUUGUCCACAUGCUGCUUUCUGCUCUUCCUUUUGUGCUCACUUGCUGUCACUUUAGAUGGUAGUUUCAGCGCUCCGCAUCGUUUAGAUGUACUCAUUGUUUGCAGAGCUCAUUGGUGAAACCGGGUCAUUAGCAUCGACAGAGAGCCAAUAAACAGAAAAAAACUACAGUUGUGCUGCAGGCAACAAUUGAUCUCACAUCCAGAUUGAUAUGUUCUUAUUUUAUCCAAUGGUUUCCCUGUGAAAUAGUUCGAUAUAUACCAGGAGCCAUCCACCUACUAUUUUCGAGAAAGCAUGCUGACCAGAUCACCAAGCCGCCUCAACCGGAUCCUCUUGAUGUAGAGGAGCCAACCAUAAAAGUAAAAUAAAAGAAAAGAAAAGAAAAUCCAGAGAAGGGGAGACAACCACUAGCAUAUAUAAAACUGAGAAAAAGCACAGCAUAUUGCCAGGUGAAGCAUUGAUUUAAAUACUUUACAUGCAGCCUAGAGAUUAGUUUUAUUUGCAAUGUUUCAGGUUCAUUUCUUCUCCUAACAUAUCAGUAACUUUUACAGCUUAGCAACAUAUGUCAUUGAUGACAGUCUUUCAGCGGAAGACCUCUGCUUUAAUUUAGUUUGCUAUUUACUGUGAGAUUUUUUUUCUUUUAACCUGAAAAGAGAUUAAUCAAAUAGAAAGCAUGUGAACAAGUGAUAGUUUUAUUUCUCUAAUGUGGCUGUAAUGCACAUUAAAGUGCAUUUUUCUUUGACUGUGCCGUGUCAUUUAGCUGCCAUGUUUGGAAAAUAAGAACUGUGAUUUAAUGUUAAGUGUUUGUGAAUUACUAUUUUAUGCAAGGGAGACAUUUCCAGGUUGCAAACUCGACAUGUCACAAUGAGCCCAUGGAUUUAUAUUUCCCGCAAGUGGGCGUUUCUGUUUUUACGACGUCGUUAAUGCCUUAAAUGAGGAGUUUGAAAUAAAUACCUGGAAUACGCAUCGUUGGAUGUAAAACAUCGAGCUAAUUGUCUGUUUUUCUGUCUUUGUUUUGCAUGAAGCGCAGCAUUUGGUCACACAAUCAAAUUUGUCUGUUUUUUUUCCAUCACAACUAUAACUUGUUUCAGCUUUUAUGGGCUAAAUAAUCUCAAUAAUACAAUCCGCAUGUCUGAACAGAUGCAUAUUAGGCAAGAUACAUAUUUUUUUUUCAAAAUAAAAAUUCUAACGUUGAAAACUCUA